AUGACGGACGAGGAGCCUGUGGGGCCCAUGAUGGCCCGUGGGGUCGGUGACCAGGCUUGCGACAGCUCCCGUGAAGAGUUCCGAUCUGAGCAAGAAGCCCAGGCGCCAGACGCGCGCGCUUCGGGAUGUUGGCACCAGUACCACAUCAAGCGUAAUGCUGGUAUUCUCGUCAUGCUGAUGGCCUGCUUGGGGGUACUUUCCUCCAGGAAGGCGGCUGGCCCACCUCCGGAUGCCGACCUCAUGCCCCGAGCAGCCUUGCGUGCCAUGCAGGCACAGAGCUCACAGGACGCCAGCCAUGAGAUCGAAGUGUGGCAGUCAGCCUUGCACACUGGGGACCGACUUGCGCCGAAGGCGCCCGGCUGGUUUGUGCCGGACUUUGAGUACCAAGGCAUCGAGCUGGAAGUGACGGAUGUGGCGGGGCAAGUCAUUGAAGGUUUCGGGGGCGCCUUCACCGAAGCAAGCGGCCUGGUUUUCAGGAAGCUGACCCCUGCGCAGCAGAGCACCUUCCUGAAAGACUACUUCAGCAGCGAGGGCCUGGGCUAUGUCAUGGGACGCACACAUAUCAACAGCUGCGACUUCUCGGUGAGCAGCUAUUCCUUCGAUGAUGUUGCCGGAGAUGUGGACUUGGAGAAGUUCGAUACCACGCUGGACAGAGACAUGAAGGCAUUGAUUCCCUUGAUCUUGGCGGCUCAGGCCGUGGUCAGGGCAGAAGGGCGCGAGUUGAAGAUGCUGGCCUCACCCUGGAGCCCACCCUCGUGGAUGAAGAAUCUAGCUUUCAACCCUGCAGCCGGCAUGGACCAUUCAGGGUCCCCGUGCCUGAAAGCAGACAUGCACGGCGUUUGGGCUCGCUACAUUUCGAAGUGGGUGACCUCUUACAAGGCACACAAGAUCCCCAUCUGGGCAGUCACCGUGCAAAACGAGCCUGAGAACAAUGCUACCUGGGAAGCUUGCCUCUGGACUGCUGCAGAAGAGGCGGCUUUCGUCGGUCAGCAUUUGGGUCCAGUUUUGAAGGAGGAGCAUCCGGAAGUGGAGGUGUUCGGCUUCGAUCACAACAAAGACCACGUACUUGCAUACGGGCGCACGUUACUCCAAGAUGGAGCUGCCUCCAAGUACCUCUCCGGCAUCGCAUACCAUUGGUAUGCGGGCGACGGCUUUGACCAGCUGAAGCAGCUCAAGGCCGAAUUCCCGAAGGCCAAGAUGCUACCCUCUGAGGCCACCUGGGAGGCUUACCGAUGGACACCAGGGACCAAGCUUUCGCAAGGCGACUGGCACUUCGGUGAAGGAUAUGCGCACGACAUCAUCGGAGACCUGAAUUCUGGUGCCAUUGCUUGGAUGGACUGGAAUCUCAUUUUGAACGAGACUGGUGGGCCCAACCAUGUCAACAACGUUUGUGAUGCAGCGAUGCAGGUCAACUUCUCCCGAGGAGAAGUUUACCGCCACCCGCAGUUCUACUACAUAGGUCACUUCUCCAAAUUCUUCCUUCCUGGAUCUGUUCAUUUGACGUCAUACACGCGGAAGAGUCCAACUUAUCAAGGCCCCCCGCGCCCAUACGGGACCUGCACAGGGCAGGAUGGACUCGAAGCAACCGCGGGUCGGACACCAACGGGUCAGGUGGUGGUGGUUGUUCUCAAUUGCGGCGAUACAGACUUGGAGUUCAAGCUCAAGUAUGCAGUUUCUGCACAGAAGUUUGUGAUCCCGGCUCAUGCUAUUCAGACAUACCGCUUUGACGCGGAUGCAAAGAUGUCAAUGUAA